UCUGUCUCUGUUCAGCAUCAAAUCUCUGCUCUGACCAUGAAUCUGAGUCUCCUGUCCGUCCUCUCCGUCCUCGUCCAGCUGUGUCUGUCUCUGGAUCCCUGUCCAGCUGAGUGUCAGUGUGACUGGGACGUCCUCAGUGUUUCCUGUGUAGGAGCUGAGCUCUGGCCUGUUUUCCACUCCAGCACUCAGGAGGUGUGGCUCGUCGGGUCCAGACUUUCCUCAGUUCCUCAGGACGCCUUCGUCAACCUGCUCAACAUCUCUCACAUAUACAUCUCUGAGGAUGAUUCUUUAAGACGUCUGGAGAGACAUUCUUUCCACAACCUCUCCAGACUCACACACAUACAACUAACUGGCAUCAAAACUCUGUCGUUUAUUGACCAAGAGGCGUUCAAGAACCUGCCUAAUUUAACGUACCU